UACACGGCGUGAAGAUACACACACCGUUGAGAUUGGACAGUUUUAAGUGAUAAAUAAUGAGCUGCACGUAUGGAUGGCUGAGAUAACAUAAUUAGUGUAUGUAGACUUGCACCGCCGUGUAUAGAAGAAUUUUCAUCUAUAUAUGGAGCAUAUAGGCACUGCCCGAGUGCUGUGUCCCUACUAUUUGAUAGUGCAACUACAGUGAGUAGAAAAGGAAUUGAGGGAGGAAGAACCGAAGAAGAGUUGUGAUAAUGGCAAAAUCACCAGAAGAAGAACACCCUCAGAAGGUUUUUGGUUGGGCUGCCAGAGACUCUUCUGGGUCGCUUUCCCCCUUUCAUUUCUCUAGAAGGGAAAAUGCUGAUGGUGAUGUAACAAUAAAAGUCCUCUAUUGUGGGGUUUGCCAUUCAGACUUGCAUUUUGUCAAGAACGAAUGGGGGAUCACCAACUAUCCUAUCGUACCUGGGCAUGAAAUGGUUGGUGUUGUGACCAAAACUGGGAAAAGCGUGACAAAAUUCAAAGAAGGUGAUAGUGUAGGAGUUGGGGUUAUUGUGGGAUCCUGCAACACAUGUGAGACUUGCCAGCAGGACUUGGAGAACUAUUGCCCCAAAGUGAUAUUCACCUAUAACUCCCACAAUCAUGACAAAACUAAAACUUAUGGUGGUUAUUCUGAUAUGAUUGUUGUUGACCAUCGCUUUGUGCUCCGCUUUCCUGAUAACUUACCUCCCGAUUCUGGUGCUCCACUUCUAUGUGCUGGGAUCACUGUGUAUAGUCCAAUGAAGUACUACGGCAUGACAGAGCCUGGAAAGCAUUUGGGCGUGGCAGGACUUGGUGGACUAGGUCAUAUUGCUGUCAAAAUUGGUAAGGCAUUUGGUUUGAAGGUUACUGUCAUCAGUACUUCCCCAGCUAAGGAGGAUGAGGCUAUUAACAGACUUGGGGCUGAUUCUUUUGUUGUUUCAACUGACCCUGCACAAGUGAAGGCAGCCAUGGGUACCAUGGAUUACAUAAUUGACACAGUAUCUGCAGUUCAUGCCCUCGCUCCAUUAAUUGGUCUACUCAAGCUGAAUGGGAAGCUGGUUACUGUGGGUUUGCCGAAUAAGCCACUGGAGUUGCCUAUAUUUCCAUUGGUUCUGGGGAGGAAGCUCGUUGGUGGAAGCGACAUUGGAGGGAUAAAAGAGACGCAGGAGAUGCUUGACUUUUGUGCCAAACACAAUAUUACCUCCGAAAUCGAGCUAAUUAAAAUGGACUACAUUAACACAGCUAUGGAGCGACUUGCCAAAUCAGAUGUCAGGUAUCGGUUUGUGAUCGAUGUGGGGAACUCCUUUUCUCAGUAGACUUGGCUUUCAUGCCUCAACUGCUACCUUCACAUGCUUGAUUUGAGACCGAACUGCAUUAAAUAAGCAAGUGUUUAAUUAUGGUUUGUGGGGGAGGUGGACUGGUAGCAUAAGAAAUAUUGCUGUCCUGGAAACUUCUGGUUGUACCCGUCUGUUAAAUUGAUCCCCCACUUUUUCGGUUGAUUUUAUGAUGAAUAAUAAUAUCUGAUUCAAGUUUCACCUA